GAAUACUAACCUCAAUCUAUGAUGUAAAUAAACUAUCUAUUACAAAUUUUUCAAAUCUAAAUAAUGUAAACUGAUUUUAUUAUUCUUAAAAAAUGGUAAUCCUCAGCAGAGAGGCUCAUGUUGCGCUAGUGGGUUUUAUAGGAUCCUUUUGUAUAUUCUCAUUAAUCUCAUUUUUGAAUCUUUGGUUUCAAACAACUGAUCUAUUUCUUAUUAAUAUAUUAAUUUUCUGUUCCUUUUCAUUUAUCCUAUUUGCUAUAAUAAAUUUCGUAUAUAAGGAUUAUGACUACGAAAUUGCUAUUAGAGCUGCAUUUUUGGGAUGUGUAUUUGCUAUUGGUAUUUAUGUGAAGCUCGGUUCCCCUCCAAAUUUCGAAAAUUUUGGAAUAUACAUGUGUAUCAUGUCGAUCUUUCACUACACAGAAUUUUUAGUAUUGGCUCUUAUUAGUCCAAAAUUAGUGUCAACCAAAUCAUUUGUUUUAAAUCAUAGCUCAGCGUAUAUCUUUGCUGCUGUCUUCUCCUGGGUUGAAUUCUUCAUUGAGGCAUAUUUUUGGCCAAGUAUUAAAACUUAUUAUGUUAUUUCAUACAUGGGAUGUGCUAUAUGUAUUGCUGGGGAUAUAUUGAGGAAAACUGCAAUGCUGAAUGCCGGAACUAAUUUUAAUCAUUUGGUGCAAUUUGAAAAGGCUGAUGAUCACAUAUUAGUUACAUCUGGAGUAUAUGGUCUGUUUAGACACCCAAGUUAUGUAGGAUGGUUUUAUUGGUCUAUUGGAACUCAGAUCAUACUGUUGAAUCCAAUAUCUAUUGUUGGUUAUGCAAUUGCAAGUUGGUUGUUCUUCAAGCAGAGAAUUUUUAUUGAAGAAAUAACUUUGCUGAAUUUUUUCGGACAUCAAUACUGUGAUUAUCAAAAUAAAGUGGGUACUGGAUUACCUUUCAUAAAAGGACAUCUUAUUUGAUUCAAUUUGCAUGUUAUAUUGAGAAAAUAUGCCAUGUUUAGAAGCACAAUGAACAAGAACUAGUCUAACUCUCAUUAAUAGAAACCAGUGUAUUUAAUAACUUUCAGCAUAACUAGUCUUUUUUUAUAUAUAUGUAUGCUUUAAUUUGUCUAAAGAAAAGUUUUAAAAAUAAAUUCAGUUUAUUUUCUUUAA